UACGUAUCAGAUAUGUUCGUUUCUUCUGAAAACCCUGGAACUAUCAAUAUUUCUAAGCAAUAUUCGAUCUACGAGAAACAUCGAUAUACUCUGCCCACCUCUACCCCACAACAACCGCCGCAGCCGCUCUGAUCCAUGACGACGGCGCGCCAGACAAUCCCACCGGCCGCAUCAACAAUCGCCGCGUGCCUUGCACCUCGACAGUCGACAGUCGCAAGAUGGCUGUGGCUCGAUAACAUCCCCGCCGCGACCACCGACUACGCCGCUCCAGCAACUAUCGAUGUUUUAACAACAAUCGCGGCGUGCCUUGCUCCUUGACAGUUGCAAAUCGCAUGGUGGCUGUGGCUCGCUGACGUCUACGCCGUGAGUACUCCGCGGCCAGUGAUCAUCGAUGUUUUAAUAACAAUCACGGCGUGCCUUGCUCCUUGUCGGUGGCUGUGGCUAGCUAACCUCUACGCCCAAUAAUCGUGGCGUGCCUUGCACCCGGCAGUCGGCCGUGAAUCGCAAACUUCUCAGCCGCGAGCGGCCAGUUACUAUCGAUGUUUUGACUGAUAACUAUCGAUGUUUUGACGAUGAGCGAGGAGGCUUUUUUCGGGCGGUCGGGCUUGCUGGAGACGCACGUCCGCGGCCAGUGGUACAGGGUGUUCGUGACCUUGGAGGACGACUACCUCAGCAUCACGCUGGACGAGGCGUACGAGAACACGACGACGCUGAACGGCACCGGUACGUUGAACAACAACGUCGAGACGCCAGGAGGAGCGAGCGAGACGCCUGAGGUGCCGGAGUCGGUGGCUAAUCAGAAGAGGACGAUAAGCGGUAUUUGGAUCUGGAGAAGUGAGAGGGCAGCUUCGAGGAUAUUCAGAAUCGAAGUAGCAGGUCAUUUACUUUCACGGUUGGCGCACUGGGCGUAA